GGCGGCAGCGGCGGCUCGCGCAGCUCUUUGGCUCGCUAUAUAAAGGGGAGAAGCGGGCGGACCGGACGGCUGGAGCUGCAGCCGGUGGCGGCAGCGGCGGCGCGGGGGACGGAGACUGGUGGUGGUUUCCCUGCUUGGCACGGGGUGGGGAGCGGGCAACGCCCCCCGGGCCCCCUAAGGGUCGUGGUUUUUUUUUUUUGUUUUUAAGGGCGAUCCUCGAGGUGUUUUUUUUUUUAGCUCCGGGAGGACUGCCCCCCUCUUCCUCCUCUCACCGCUCCCCACUACUCCUUCAGGAUCCGAUUUUGUUUAAACAUUUUCCCCCCUAUCGUGCGGUGGCUUGGGUCACCCUCCGGUGUUUUUGUUUUUUUGUUUUUUUUGGUUUCGUUUUCAUCUUGUUUUCUCGGGGUUGCCCCCCUCUUAUUUGUGUAGUGUGUGGAAAUGGCGAACUCGGCAAAUUCAAACACCGUGCCUAAAUUAUACCGAUCUGUGAUUGAAGAUGUUAUCAAUGAUGUGAGAGACAUUUUUCUGGAUGAUGGAGUCGAUGAACAAGUUCUGAUGGAACUAAAAACUUUAUGGGAGAAUAAACUGAUGCAGUCUAGGGCAGUAGAUGGAUUUCAUUCAGAAGAGCAGCAGCUUUUAUUGCAAGUUCAGCAGCAGCAUCAAACCCAGCAGCAGCAGCACCACCACCACCACCAUCAGCAAGCCCAGCCGCAGCAGUCAGUACCUCAGCAAGCACAGGCCCAGCAGGUCCUCAUUCCUGCGUCGCAGCAAGCUGCAGCACCACAAGUUAUUGUUCCUGAUUCUAAGCUGAUACAACAUAUGAAUGCAUCAAACAUGAUAGAUCAUCAGAAACUUCAAUCAAUAAAUAUAUUCAGUGCUGCUGCUACAGCUGCUACCUUGGCACUCCCUGCAGGUGUGACUCCUGUUCAACAGAUACUAACAAAUUCAGGCCAGCUUCUUCAAGUGGUCAGAGCAGCCAAUGGUGCUCAGUAUAUCUUUCAACCUCAGCAGUCAGUGGUUCUACAACAACAGGUUAUACCACAAAUGCAGCCUGGUGGAGUACAGGCUCCUGUUAUACAACAGGUACUGGCCCCUCUUCCUGGAGGAAUUUCACCACAGACAGGUGUCAUUAUCCAGCCUCAGCAAAUCUUAUUUACAGGAAAUAAGACUCAAGUUAUACCUACCACGGUGGCGGCACCCACACCAGCACAAGCACAGAUAACUGCAGCUGGCCAGCAGCAGCCACAGGCCCAGACUGCUCAGCAGCAGGCGCCUCUGGUGUUACAAGUUGAUGGAACUGGGGAUACAUCAUCGGAAGAAGAUGAAGAUGAAGAAGAAGACUAUGAUGAUGAUGAAGAGGAAGACAAAGAGAAAGAUGGAGCUGAAGAUGGGCAGGUAGAAGAAGAGCCCCUCAAUAGUGAAGAUGAUGUGAGUGAUGAGGAAGGACAGGAACUCUUUGAUACAGAAAAUGUUGUUGUAUGCCAAUAUGAUAAGAUACACAGAAGUAAAAACAAAUGGAAAUUUCAUCUCAAGGAUGGCAUUAUGAAUCUUAAUGGAAGAGAUUAUAUAUUUUCCAAAGCCAUUGGAGAUGCAGAAUGGUGAAGAGUUGGUUCUUUUCUUUUAUAAAUAAAGCAAAAGAAACUUAAAAAAAAUUUAAAGUGGACAGUUUGAAACUUAGGACAUACAACAACCAAAACUUCUGCAUGUCAGAAAAGUGCAGUAGAAGCAAAGCUACUGGAACAAAGAGACCUUGACAACAUAGACACUACUUCUAACUAGCAAGCCAUGGAACUGGAGCACCUAGGGUUGUUGGGGCAGGGAGGGGGGUUGGGGUUUUGUGUAGGAAAACCAUAACUGUCGAUUUUAAAUACAGGUACCUGCCACGGUAAUUAGCAUGUAAAGCUUUGUCUGUAUCCCUUCCUCCAACUUGGGUUCAAUCAGAAAAUACUUGUUGGAAUGAACUGAAGAAACUUCCCUUUUGAUAGAUUGAAAUGAAACUGCUUAUUGUAUGUGGUUAUAUUUGGUAAAAAUUGCGUGUGGGCUUUUUACAAAAGGGCAAGAAUUAUGGUGUUGAAUUUUAAUUCCCUCGUAUAAGGAAACAAUUUAGAGCUCUCAUAAUAGGUCUUAAAUAUUUUUACUUGGUAUUCUCCCUCGGUAAUAUAUACUUCUUUCCCUGCUUUAUGAAACAUCUAUGAAGAGUUAUAGGGAAGUAAUCAGUGAUCAGUUUGGAGACAAAAUUUGACCCAGCAGUGAAUAUGUAUUUUAAUUCAGUUGUCAUUCUCAUUAAACUUGGGUCUCAUCUGAGUUGGGCAGAAUUAAAAUGACAACUUCAGUUUCUUUACGGAACAAUUGUUUCUUUUAGUCCUACACCUUAAAAAGAAACCCCUAAGUGACUCCUCAGGACUAUGGUUUUAUUUCACAAAAGUACCAUAUAGCUGAAAUUCUAUACUCGUGAAUAGAUACAGAUUUUUUCUUGUUGGGCUGAAGUGUAUGCUAUGUAUGUGUUGAGUCUUUAAGCUAAACAUUCAGAUAACAUUCUGUGCAUUGACUGAAGCAUUGGGCAGGUGGUGAGGACCUGGAUUUUUAUUAAACAAUUUAGUAAUUAUAAAAGUUUCUUGUGUUUACUAGUAAAGAAUUUUAAAACUAUUAUUUUAAUUGAACAAAUUUUUUUAAAUGCAACUUUGUAAUUUGAGGGGCAAUUUGGGGGUUGGGGGGCACUAAGUACAUAUUUACCUCUCUUUAAUUUGGUGGCCCAUCCAGGCCAUUGAUAAUAUAGACAUGGGCUCCAGUUUGCACAUGGGAAAGAAAGCAUAUAAAUUUGACUUAUAUUAAAAAUAAUAGAAAUUUAAUAUGUAUAUUAAGAAUGCAUAGCUCUGUGUUCUGUAAGGGGCUCUAAAAUGCAAUAUGGCGUUGCUGUGUUCAGCGUGAACUAGUUGCCUGGGAGAACUGUAGGAACACUUGUCUUCACCUUUGUGUUCUUACAGCUAAUUCUUUUGAUGAUUUACCUUGACAAAAUUCAUAUGUGUUUAAGUUACUUUUGUAUGUUGAUUUUUUUUAUCUUCCAUUUUUGUCUUCCUUUUAUUUCCCUUUGUGUUUCCAGAAGUAACAUAGAAACACUUUAAAGUACAUUGCAAAGAAAAACUGUGAGCUAUUAUAUAUUGUUUUUUUCUUUGUUUUUUUAACACAAAUUUUUAAACUUCUUCAAAAAGGAUAAUUUUUUUUCCCUACUUCCCACCCCACAUACCAACUUGGUCCCUUUAACUUAUGUUCUGAAUUUUGGUGUAAAUGGUGGUUUCUAGCAUGCAAGUUAGGUUUCAUUUAGAUGCCAUAAGUGGUAAUACGGUUUUUAUUUUUACUAUAUUAAUUUAGUUUUUUGGAGGGGAGAUUUAUUUAUUUACCCCACUACUCUGAAAGCACACAGGUUUUUGGUGUUUGGUUUUUUAUUAAUGAGACUGAGGGAAGAGAGGGGAAGGAUGAAAUCACAGAAGUCCGGUUGUUCAGUUGCCCUUCAGUGUAGGUGAUGGUAGGUUUAUAUUUUUCCCAAUGAAGAGUCAACAACCUGAACUACCUAGAAAAGUUUAGCAGUGCUGCAGUGUUGAUUGAAACCCUUUGGCUAUCUAGUAGUUCUUAUGCUACUGAACCUGUAUUACUAUAUGAUACUCGGCUCAUGUUUUGGCCCCUCUAUGUAGACAUUCAUAUUCAUAGUAGAAUUGUAUACUGGCCUAUCUUUAUAACCUUAUUUUCAAACAUGCACAACCACUGCUUUCAGAGUGAUUCACUAGGUUUAUUUUGAAGCAGGAAAUAACUAUUUGUAUUUGCACCUGUGUAGGCGUACUGCAUAUUAAUUACAGCAUACUUGGCAAAUGCUUUUACCUGUGAAAAUUCUGAAAGCCAGUCCAAAGAACACUGCAUACCAAACUCUGCUCUUCUAUAUGACUGCAUUGUGUUCCUUUUUAAUCAGCUAGCAUGUUUUAGUUUUAUUACGGUCGCUUGCUCUAAGAAUGCCACUCGCUUAUCUUUUAUUGUACUUGAAUUCUUAAUCAUGCUUUUAACAUUGUAUUUUACAAAUCAUUUCAUUAGGUUCCAUAAAAAUGUCAUUCCUUUGAAAAGGCAAAGAUUCCCACUUAAGAAUUUUAAAAUGAAAAUAAUAUGUUUGUUCAAAGAGGGAAAAUAGCUCAGACUUGGUAUUAUGAAAAUAGAUAAAGGUUUCAGAAGAGGAUUUGUUUAGAUUUGCACAGAUGGUGAUGGCACCUUUUACUUUACAAAAAAGAGUUAUGUUAAUCAACAGUGCUAAGGAAAAUUUACACAAAAUUACUUGAUAAAGUGUGGAAAUGUGUGCCUUUCAGUAUUUGUACUCUUUUUGGUGGUCAUUUGGAUAAUCAGACCAUAUGAAUGCUUGAGAAUGCAUUUAAUUUCUGUAAAGAGCCCAUUUGGCUAAAACAACUCUUCAAUGUGCAAUUAGAUUCUAGAGUCAAAUGUCUGUUAUAUGAGGGGGAUCUUUAUAUUGGACUUUUAUAUUUUUUUAAAUGUUCACAUUUCUGUUAAUUAAAUGUCAUCAUAAUAUCACAUUUAUAUUGUUGCCUCUCUUAAAAUCAAAGCCUCCUUGAUGUGAUUCUUCUAGGAAUACAUCAGGGUUUGAGCAGUGUGUAUAGUGAUUAAAAUGUGUUCUUGAAGAGCAUAUUCUAAUAAUUCUGGUUUUAGACAUCAAGGACAAAAAUAUAACAGCUUUUGUAUAAAGAUUUUCUUUCGCUAUAGUGAAAAUCAAGGAUUUGGUUUUCUUAUUUUUUCUGGCUUUUAUGGAGGAAUGAAAAGAGUUAUCUCCUAAGAGUAAUUUUUGAUUAUCUUAUAGCAAUAAUAUCACUAUUGUUUUCAGAAGGUAAAUACGCCUUGUGCAGGAAAGCAGACAUAAUUUCCUCUUGGGCGUCCCCUUUUUAACUUAGCAUUUUCUUCCACUUGAGAAAAUUCUUAUAUUUUCAGAUUAUUUCAUCUUGAAGUUUUUUGAGGUUUUGUGCAAUGUAAUAUUUAACUGAUCCAUCUUUGUACAUUUUCAUUUUAUUUCAUGUCUGUCUCCCACCUAUCUGUCUGAAUCAGCUAUUUCAGAUUUUGAAUUCAUUGGUUAAAAAAAGUUGCUUUAUGUAUUUCCUCAUGAGUUUAUGUUAAAUAGUUUUGCAUUUUAAUCUAUUAUGCUAUGGAAAUUAUUCUGAAGUUUAUAUUCCCCUUUUAAGCCCACCUUAGUCUAUCAUUUGUCAUUUUUUAUAGUUUAAGGAACACACCAAACUUAAUAUUUUUGUUUAUUUUGAGGAACAAGAGAAAUUUUUUCCUUCUCUUUUAAGAGAACUACACUGAAUUAGUAACUAUUAGUAACUAUUAAGUUACUAUUUAACUAGUUAGGAAAUAUUUCAGUCAAGGUUCCUUAAAUCGGUCCAGGAUGCAUCAGGGCUAAAAUUUGGGGGAGGGACUAAUCCUUUUUGCUGUUCUGAGCUACUAUUGUCAACUGCUGUUGUACAUACUGUUAUGUGUAAGGGCGUAAAUAUAUUUAUUAUGUUUGUAUAAUUCUGUACAAUUGCAGAUCAAGGUUGCUCUUCUGCGAUAUAUGGGAUAUUAUGUUUUAAAGACCACCUUGGAAUACAAUUAGAGAACUUAGUAUUUUGAUGUACUAAGACCUAUUUUAAGUUUAAUAUUUUACCUUUGCAAAACUUUAAUUAAAGAUGUUAUUUAAAAAAAGUAA